AUGGCGGACGACAGUGAACAGGAGGUCACAGAAAGUAUCUCCUUGGAUCAUGAAGGCUUGUGGAAAGGAAAGUAUUUUACCCUUCUUAAAAACUGCAGGCAGAUAGAACAGGUGAGAUUAUGUUCUUUAAGAAUAUGCCAACCGCCUUCGGAAGAAGGUACACUAAAAGUCUUUUGAAUUACAAAAAUUGAUGUUCUUUCAGGAGAACGAGAGGUUGGUGAAUCGAAUUUAUCACGUUAAGAGUCUCCUUAAACGUUACCGAAAACAACGAAGGUAGGAAUGGUGUCGUUAUUGUCUCUAUAUUGUUUUAUUCAGAUUACAUAUUUUUUUAUGUAACUUAUUCAAUGAAACAGAGAUGACGUGAUGAUUCUAGACUAUGUUGGUUUAGAAUCAAGCUUUGACACUAUGACACUAUUCAUAUUUAAGCCUUCCCAUCUCCCCCUGGCAUUUGUCCGGCAUUUUUCUAGUGCUGUUUUCCCAUGGUGGGUAUUUGUCUUUAAGGCCUGCCAGAGUGGGGAAUUUGUCAUAUAUGAAUGUCUAAUUUUUCACGACUUUGAAAAGGGAAAAUAUAUGACAAAUAAAAAGUAAACAAAAAGAAACUUAAUAUUAAAGGUAGAUUAUAUCUCUAAAGGAUCUUGAAAAAAUGGAUUGUAAUAGAUAUUUUCUUUGCCGAAUACUAACCAGGUAAAAGUUAUUUUGAAGAGAAGAUAACCCUCUUUUGGAGAAAGGCUAAGAACAGCUUUGGGAAGGUUGCAAAGAAUUUCAAGAGAAAUCGUCUUUGUUUGCAAGGAAUGCCAUGGCAAGGUUUAACUGUAUAAAGUGACACUUUGGAGGCCAAAUUACAUUUUUUUUUGUCAUGGUAAAAUAAUUGCAUGGUCAAGAUGAUCUUAUUUUAUUAAAAAAUCUAAGGUCUGUCUGAAAAAUUAGGAAAUCUCUCAGUUAAUUCUAUUCUAUAUUGUGGCUUUAUUGUAGUUAUGAAGCAUUUUGUUCUUCUUUUUCAGUUUCACCUAUGCCAUGAAUUGGCAUCUUUCUGGCUUUCAUUACUUUUCGGGGACUGUAGCUUUAUAAUUAAGUGCCCAAGCAAAAUGACGAGUUUAAAACAAGGAAAAAAAUAAUGUCACAUCAGUUCGACAUCAAAGAAUGAAUGAAGUGCAAAUACUGGUCAUUCUUGAAAGCAUCUUUUAGCUACGAACCAUCAAUGUCGCAGUCGGGACAUUUCUUUGUAAUUUUUGGGAAUUUAGGCAAUUUACCAUAGAUUCAGGUGAGAAUAAUGCAGAAAAUAACUGACGUUUUUUUAUCUUCUACAUUUUACAUUUGGCACAUAAUUUGUCACAUUGUUGCAUAAACUCAUCAUUUUGCUCGUGCAUUCAGUAAGUUUUUUCCUCUAUAAAGCAACGGUCCCUUAAAAGUAACGAAAUCCAUUUUUUUAGAUGCCUCGUUUCCAGGGAGGGACAUUUGGACACAUUUUUAAGCCCCAUUGUCGGGUUUUUGUAUGAAUCUGCUGGCCCCAUUCAAGAAAAAAGGACAAAUUCCCAAGUAAUGCCUGGGGGAUUGGUAUGCUUGUAAUAUUAUUGAUAGAGCCAUCCCAGUAGCUUUUGUGUUUUACUUUUGAGCUUAAGAAUGAAUGUCUCCUUAUUUUUAGCUUUCUCAAGGACAGGUUAGAUGAUUACAAUGAUGACUUUCGAGAUGCACAAUCUCCAUUUCAGGUAUACUUGUGUUGCACUUUAUAUCUACAUCGUUUGUAUUCAUUGUUAAUAAAUUACUUGUUUCCACUGUGAUGUCAUGUUGAUUAUUUUGAUGAGUAAAGUCAAGAAUCUGAGAGAUGAUAGAAGAUUGAUAUACAACUAUGUUACCAAAGUUUAUGUAAUUGCCUUUUUUUAAACAUGGAGGAGAUAUUUACAGAAUUUUGCCACCCAGAUUUAAAGAGUUUAAUAUGGAGAUUCCAAGUUGGUGACGAGUCCAUAAAUGCUUUAAAAUGCAGUUGAAAUUCCCUUUAGGGUAAAUGCCAAGAUUUAGGGGGUGUUUACGUGACACAGGGACAACUUCUGCACCUGAGUAAGCUCACUCCGGUUCCCUCUCGUGGCUCUACAUUUGUUUACAUGAUACCAACAAAAAAUGACAUGGCGGAACGAGUCACCCCAGUGUGAGUUCACCCCGGUCAUUGUGCUGGGGCGAGAAUGUCACUCCGGUACGAAAUCUCGCAACUGAUGCAAAAUGACCACAUGUUUCAGCAUGAAAUCGGUCUGCUGGUAGACUAGAACAGGUGGCGCAUGUGUAAUGUUUGCAAUUUUGAAUCUUACGUGUAUUUUAUCAACAUAAGGUGUACCUUCAAAUAACGAGAUAUGAAAUGACCCAGUCAUGAUGUAAUGCGAUACGAAAUAAAAAAGUCAUCCCGGUACGAAACUUAUGCCGGUGCGAGUUUUCUUAUGUAAACAAUCCCUUUGAGGUCAAUGACAGGGGGUGGUUGCCUUCUAGAAUCAAAUGACUUGGGAAAAAUUAAAGAGUCAGGUUGUCACUAAAAGGGCUUUAUAUUCUCUGAGUAGCAUAGUACAUAGAGCAAAUGUUGAGAUGAGACCAUGGGUCAUGUGGUCUCUUUCUGGAGUUUAAAAAUAAGGGAAGAUAAUCUGUACUAAUUUAAUUUUAUUUAUUUUGAUUUUACUAUAAAACUGUCGUUCCCCAAAAUACAAUGGAAUGAUGGGGAUCUGAUUAUGUGCAAACUAGCCUUAACCAUUUUCAGGGCUGUCACACCAAGGGAUUUUCCCUAAUGAUGAUGAGCAUGAACCCUGGCUACUUUCGUAGGAAACAAAAGGAAAAUGGAGGCAAAAGAACCUCCUUCCCUUUAAGUUUCCCACCUGGUCCCAGUUGUUCAAACGUUCAGCCUGUGAGCAAGCUCUCCAUCUGGGUGAGCGGGGCAAGCCACAUGAGAAUGCGCAACAAGCAGCUGGGAAAAGAGAGCUUACAAUGAUCUCUUAUAAAUUUUCAUGUCUUCUUUGCCCAAACAAAGCAAAACCAUUGGCUUAAAAAUUAUGCACUGUCAAUUAAUUUUGAUCAAUGACAUUCCUUGCCGUGAAUUUAGAAAAACAAUGCUUACGGAAAUCAAGAAGGUUGCUACUUUUUAUGAGGAAGGAGACUGCUCUCUCCUUUUGUGAAACAUAACUGUGAACUGUGUCUUUUUACGGUUCAGUUUGGAUCUUAAGCCCGUGGAUUGUAUAAACCGGCGAAUCAAAAGGCUGAGAAAUGGUUCCAGGAGAACAUAUUACGAUACUAAAUCUAACCACGUUUAUUGCAGUGGAAAGUAAUGAAUGUGAUUUCUGACGUUUGUAAAUUGUAAUUGUAAAUAUCUUAUUAUCCACUCCCCUCAGGGCUUUUCAGGGAUAAUUUACAACACUGGUUGGGGGACUUUGCCAGACUGCUUAAGGUGCAGUUUACAAGUAGUGAAGGAAUGAGUAAUGAUGCCCCCAUACAUGAGUGUGAAAGUGAGAUAGGCCACUACACCGGGCACUACGUGCCCUACUCUUUACGAAGAGUGUGUGGGUUCUUUAACGUCCCACAGAUUUAAUACAUGUGCAAGGGCUUUGUGAGACGGGGCCUACGGUUUAUUGUCCUUAUCCGAGAAGACUAGAAAGUCUAGCCGUUUGCAGAUAUUAUUACAAAGGCAGCACUUUCUCCUCAGUUAUUUAAAGACCCUGAGUGUUGGUCCGGCCGGGGUUUGAACCCGCGACCUCCCGCUCAGUAGACCGGCGCUCUCCCAACUGAGCUAACCAGGCGUUUGCAGUGGCUUUGAAGCAACAUGUCUCCGCUGAAUUCAAGGAAUAUUGUAGAUCAAACUCUGUUUAUAGGCAGUGACCAGAAGGUCCAGACAAGUUAUCUUCUUUUAGUAGUCUUGUCUUAGUGAGAAAUUGUAAUAUUUUGCUCUUUUUGGAAUCCUAGCAGAAUUGGCGCACUUGGCCCAAUACAAGAAACUGAAAAGCGGCUGACACAUUUCUUCUUUUCAGUGAUAGUUUUAAUGCUUUGUGGUUUCCUGCGGUUUCCGGGCUGGAAAUGAAACUUUAUCAAACAUCAUUGCAAGCUCUCCUUUCUCCUACCCCUCGCUGUUGUUGCGUCUCCCCUUGUGUGCUGCUCACAUGUGUACUUUUCACAAUAAUAAUAUUAUACCCCAACUGGAGAACUUGCUCGCAGGUUAUUCAAACGUUGGAUAGUAAAACCACCAGAUAAAUCAAUAAAGAGUAGUUAAGUAUUAGGGAAUUCAUUUGCACUGGAAUAAUCCACCAUAUGAACAACUGGGGCCCUGCUAAUUGCAUAUUCUCAGCAAUUUGAAAUCUUAUUGACAGCCGUUAAUUUAAUUAUUUCUCCUGCUAGGCUGAACUUCUUUCAGAAAUAGUUGCUGAAGCAUUCUCAAAACCGGUUCCUCCAUCUUUCUUCCCUGGCGAGUUUGCUAGUCCAGACUUGCCUGCUGUAAAAAAGAGCAAGAAACGCGAGACUGCCAAGGACAAAGAUAAAGACAGGGAUCCCAAUGCUCCAAAGAAACCUGCCAAUGCCUUCUUCAUGUACUGUCAGCAGCAGCGUACUGUUAUGCAGGAUGAUCAUAAGGAUCCCAGUAUUGGACAUCACGAGUUGACAAAGUCAUUGGCAAAAGAGUGGAAUAAUUUGGCCACUGAUGACAAGAAGGCAUGUGUUGUUUAAACUUAUCUUAUCCAGUCUGUACUUCAGAGCUGGUCCCCGUCAUGUUCGCCAUUGAAAAACCUUUACCACAGUAUUGCAUAUUUAAGCAAUAGAAAAUGUUUUCCAUGUUUACAUAGCCUGAUAUAAACAGGGGAGGGGUUGGGAGAGGGUUUGCAUAACUGUUGAGAAUUCUCCCAGCCCCUCCAGUACUAUAUCAGGCGAUGCAAAUACAGGAAAAAAGUUUUCUAUUUCUUUUAUUAAUCAACCUUCCCAAGAAAAAUCACAAAACUCUUAGUUAUGGCACUGAUUAAAAGAGAAAUUCUUACCAGUUGCGAAGUCUUGUACACAAAGUCUUGCACGCAUAAUCAGUUCUUGUUUUGCGAAAAAAAUGCUUUCCAAAAUACAGAUUUUUCUCGCUUAAAUGUCAGCUUAAGCGAAAAAAAAUUGACACGGCAUGGUUUCAAAGAUUUUCCAAGUUUCAGCAGACGAGGGAAUAGUUAAAUAAAGUAAACUUGUUUCAAUCCAUGUCCAUCGUCAUCCAUGGCAACAGAAAACAGUUUCAGGGCCUAAAUAAAGUCUUACCGUAUUUAUUCAAUUAACUGCCCUGGGCGCUUAUUAAAGUUUUUGACCUUGAGAGUGGGCACUUAUUAGAGGCUGGGCACUUAUUAAAUUUUCACCAUUUUCAGCAAGUGUAGUGUACGUUUAUUUUCCAACAAACCAGUAAAUGCUAAUGACAAAACGUGAAGAAGUAACAAAGCAAGGUUUCUGUAAAUACUCUGAAGAAAACUCCACCCUUGGGGAAGUAUCUUAUUAUAAUUAUUCACUGGGUGAGGUGGAGGUGAGCGCUUAUUUGAAUUUGAUUGGGAGGAGGAGAGGGUGUGCGCUUAUUCGAGGCUGGGCCCUUAUUAACUUUUUCUGCCUUUAGGAUUGGCGCUUAUUCGAGGUGGGUGCUAAUUCAAGGUUGGGCGCUUAUUCGAAUAAAUACGGUAAAUUACAAUUAUUAAACUCGAUGAUUAUUUUUAAAAUUCAAGUGAUGAUCAGAAACGUCUUUUUGUUUUUAAAAGGAUAGCAAGUAGCCAGACAUAGCCCGUUUAAUGAUAAAUAACUUUGUUCAUGUUUUAGGUUUAUUAUGAGAUGUAUGAAAAAGACAAAGAAAGAUAUGAAAAAGAAAUGAAAAAGUAUACAUCAGAUAAAGUCCCCAAGGAGCCACCUGCGAAGAAACCAAGGACAAAAAACGCCAAGCAGAAGACGCUUGCAUCUUCAUCUUCAGCAACAAAUUCAUCACCUGUCAUUGACAAAAGCUCGCCUGAUCAACGAAGUUCAUUUGUUGUGUCACCAACGUUAAAUCCUCUCUCUCCACAGAGCUUUGCCUCCAUGCAAGUAAACAUCCCACAUAUUCCCAUGCCCAUGCCUCCACUGAUUCCACUUGCUGACGAAGAAACUGGGUUUGACAGCUAUCAAGAGCUUCAUUCAGCGGCGCAAGAUUCGUUCCUUUAGCAGCUGUUUCUUUAAAAGUACUGAAUAUCAUUGGCUAUACAUGGUCGAAAAGAAGGAAAUGCAGAUGGUACAGUAAUCAUCUGGUCCAAGUUGUAAUUUGGUGGACAAUCAGUACAAAAUGAUAACUUGCUAACAAGCAUUCUUGUAGGGUUAAGUAAUACUGAUAAGUUACAUUGAGAUGCGGCAAAGUAUUUUGUAAUGAUGAAUACAGAGGCGGAUCUAGGGGG